AUGAUCCCGCUUUUGCUUUUCGAUGAUGGUGAUACCCUCGUCUACAUUGACCCGCCGCCGGAGAAUACCUGCCGCAAACUGCCAAGCUCAUCGACAACCACUCAUCGCAUCCACAGUGAGAAACUGCUUUCGACUGGCUCUGCUUAUCUGACGAAACUCUUUCAUCCUCGAUGGCAGAAACGAGUCGCCAAACAACGAGGCUUCCACCAGGACUCGCUACCCCGGGGCAUUAAAUAUCUCUUAGAUUUGACCCCUCCAAUCCUAGAAGAAGAUGCCAUCAUCCUAUUGACAGAGGUAUCCUGCCCGUCGGGCAUUCGAAUGUGGGCUUCGCAGAGGCUCCUGUGGAGAUUGCCGGCUUCGUGUGUUGGAGGCAAGGACAUUUGUGAGCCUGUGGAGGACGCAAUCAUUAGUCAACCGUCGUCACCCCCGCCAACCUCCCCCGCCGAGGAAGACAUCGAGGCACCUCCGAAGGACCCUGGUUUUGCUGGUUUCCAAGAUGAGGGUUUAGCCGAUGCUCCAAACAUUGAAAAACCAACGAGUCUACCGGUGGAGUACUCUCCCGUGCGUCACCGGGAAGGAAUUGAGCACAUUUUGCAUGUUUUGGAAGGUCUCAGUAUCUCCCUGGAUACUCCAUCCAAGCUGUGGACAUUCUUUGCGAUAGCCAAAGUCUUCGAUCUGGCAACUGUGCCGGCUGUGAGCGGAUACAUUCUGUCCUGGUUCUACCAGACAACCAACACCAAGUUCAUUGAGAUUCAUCCGGAGAUUGCAUACCGAGUGGCUUGUGGAAUAAAGGCCCCCGAACUUUGCCACCACGCAUUUCUUGCUCUCGUCGGGGAUGAAGCUUUGCUGAACACAAUUCGAACCGCCGAUCUUCGCCCCAGGCAUAAUUACAUCGAGAAUUUCGCUCACAGUCGGAUGAAUGGCUUCCUGGACGAUAUUGAGGUGCAGCGCAUAGAAUAUGCCAGCAAGAGCUUUGCCGAUGAUCUCAUUGACCAGUUCUUGCACCUUGCUGGGGCUGAGAUGCCCUGGCUUGACGAGAAUCCCGAGUAUCAAAAGCUUAUUGAACACCGAGAGCAAUGCUCGCGAGACCGGGCUGCAGUCAAUUAUCUGACAGGCCUUCUGAAGGAUUUUGUGAGAUACAGAAUCUACAGUCUUUUGAAAAGGACUCGAGACCCAAUUCGAUCCAGUGAUGCAGUCCCUGCGAUCACGAACCUCCGGAUGAAUUCCACCUUCCAUAAAGAGCAUGUUCUACAGCGCCUUAUCGGGAGGAGCUUCUGGUACAGCCUCUUAAACUUCAGUCUCCUUUCCGACACCGAUUUCCCGCCGGAACUCAUGUACCACCAGGCUAUUUCAGAUAUUGGCGAAGGGCUACUUGCUUUCAAAGGCCACGAGAGGGCUAGAAUCGAUUAUUUCCAUCGCACAUUUCUUGAAAGUGAGGCCAACAACAUGAACCAGAAAAUUGAGGCAGAGGCAAAAAGAUUAUUAGCCGCGUUACAGAACUCUCAAGUAACCUUGCCGAUGCGACCACUACUACCAAAAUUUGCGGGACCCGUUGCCUCAUCCUCGGCCUUCGUCCCGUCCACAGAACCGAAUCCGCACAGCAAACCAUUCGUCUUUCGUCCACGCGAGGCUCAAAACUGGAAUGGUGAGCAAUCUAGCUCGGAGUCGGUGAUGGCCUCGAACCCGAGUCCGAACACCGCUCUAGAUAUGUUCGGUCCUCCUUCGUUGGGAGAAACUGGCCGUCCGAGACAACGAAAUCAAAAUUAUCAGGCUUUCCCAGAGUAUUCGAAUUUCCCUGAAAACUCGGCACCGAUUCAGCCCCACCAGUCGCUUGCCCAAGGCAAACUUCUCGGAUCACCCGCCAAAUCCUUUGACCUGACUCUAUUCCUUGUCUCGGCCAAUACCUCCAUCCGCCAAAUCGCGCGGGGAUUACUUUUCCCUACCGAAGGGCCCUCGAUUCCAAUCACGUCUAUCGAUACUCUUAGCUGCCUUUCAGAAAAACAGUUAAACCUCUUGCCCCUCUGGGCAGGAGGCAACGACGAUGGCAGCGGUGGUGUUUUCCAAGAUCAAGACAUUCCGAUCAUGGAAACCGGCGGGUUCUCCACUCCCGGACCUGCAGUACACACUGGCAGCAAUGCAACAACGGAGGACUCAUUCAGUGAUAUUGGCCCGUCGGAUUCGCGGAGCACAAUCAACGGUGCAUCCAAUCGUGCCACACUCUCACACCAGACCGAAGUCCAGUCCCUGGGCAGCUCGUUCGAUGAGGGCUCCAUUAUGCAAGCCGAUAUUGCAGAGCCUGAAGUCCAUGAAGGAUACGAAGAACCGUUGGAAAGCGAGUACCUGGUCAAAUCUAGCCACGGAGAAUUCAACUUCGAGAUGGAUGGUGCAGACAGCGAUAGCAACAGUACUCUGAUGGGCCAUCAAUCCGACAUCAAUGGAAGUGAUGAUGAGGAUAUGGAAUACCCUGAAAACACUAGCGACGAUGAUGAUGACGACGAUGACGAUAACGAUGACCAUGACAAAAUUAUGAGUGAUGCAGCGUCUCAUGGAUUUGAGAUAGUUGAUGGGCGCCUCUAG